GGCCAGACAGCACCGCUUCACCGAAUCAGUCCUCUUUUAUCUCUGUCGUGCCAUCGUUUGUAUAGACUUUUAUAUAGUUUACGAUUUACCUAAUAACCAUAGACUAGGCUUUUUGUUGCUCUGCUAGUUUUGUUCCGUUCUCUACACUGACUGGUCUUGUUGACCCGUGCCUUUCCCGCGGAGUUAAGAAGACACCAUCUUAUCUUGACAAUCCCAUGAACUCCUGAAGCCGUUACCAAUAUAGCAACAUUAUGUUCAAUCGCAGUAAUUUGCCUUCCGUUCCGAAUCCCUUUUCCAGCGGCUCUUCCGGUGGCGAUGGAGCUCGGCCGCCCCGCGAUCGAUACAACAUGCCUUCCCAGCCAAUGGGCCGGCCAGAUGGCUAUGGCCAAGACCCUCGAACGGGCGGAGGAAGAUAUGGAGGGCCUCCUCCUGGCCGAGCUCCCGGGCCACUCCCAUCAUCGGGCGGAGGAAGAAUGAUGCCACCCAGCAGAGGAGCUGGUGAUCAGGUUUGGACUUUGCGGCCGGCAAAAAGCCCAGACAAUUCUUACACAUAUGGGAACCUAGUAGCCGUUUCCACGCGUGAUAUUCCUCCCUCGAGGGAUGGAUCAGAUGUACUAGUCCUAGUGAACAACUUAUAUGUUUUCUCAGCUCGUCCUCUGGAAGGGUUCCCUCAAGGACACAUUAGCAUGUCUGAUCCACAACGAACAUGGGCUCAAGUGGCAUUAACAGACAUGGUUGAAGUCAAGCUAUACGACGUCUUCAGUCAGGGUAGUCAAGCCUAUCUUGCUUCUAUGGAUAUGGAGGUCGGAUUUGCUGGUAAAAAGCGAACGGAUAUCCCCUAUGAUCAAGACCAGCUUGCCAAUGUUUUCAUCAGGAACUUUGAAAAUCAAAUCCUUGCGCCUGGCCAGAUAGUGCUCAUGGAUGACAGAAGUAUUCCGCUUUUGCUGACCGUUAAAACUGUUCAACUGGGUGAUCUGUCGGAGAAGCCAUCUUCGUCUGCCCCAAUAUCGUCCGAUCCUACGUCAAGGGGCAUACUCACCAGACACACCUUAAUCAACUUUUUUAAGGAUGCAAGAACAGGAAUUAAUUUGAAAGCAUCCAACCGACGACCUGCUGCGAAUUCGAUUAUCCAGCCUGAUUUCAAGUUCGAAAACAUGGGAAUUGGCGGUUUAGAUACGGAAUUUGGCACCAUCUUCCGCAGAGCCUUCGCCUCUCGCAUUUUCCCACCCGGCCUCGUCGAGAAGCUGGGAAUUCAACACGUCAAGGGUAUUUUACUUUACGGCCCCCCUGGAACAGGUAAAACUUUGAUCGCAAGACAGAUUGGGAAAAUGUUGAAUGCAAAGGAACCCAAAGUUAUUAAUGGUCCUGAAAUUUUGAACAAAUACGUCGGUCAAUCCGAAGAGAAUGUUAGGAAACUUUUCGCCGAUGCCGAAAAGGAGUACAGGGAGAAAGGAGAGGAGAGCGGACUUCACAUCAUCAUUUUCGACGAACUGGAUGCUGUUUGCAAACAAAGAGGUAGCGGAGCCGGUGGUGGUACUGGUGUCGGUGAUAGCAUCGUGAACCAGCUUUUAUCUAAACUCGAUGGUGUUGACCAACUGAACAAUAUCCUGUUGAUUGGUAUGACCAAUCGAAUGGAUAUGAUCGACGAUGCCCUUUUGCGUCCCGGUCGAUUGGAAGUCCACAUGGAAAUUUCUCUUCCCGACGAAAAAGGGAGAGUACAGAUCUUAAAGAUUCAUACGAAAAAGAUGCGGGAGGGUAACCUUAUGGAUAGCGAUGUGGACCUAGCUGAGCUGGCUCAGCUGACUAAAAACUUUUCCGGAGCAGAGAUCAGUGGUUUGGUCAAGUCUGCAUCCUCGUUCGCCUUUAAUCGACAUGUCAAAAUCGGUACAAUGGCUGGAAUUAGUGACGAUGUCGUUAAUAUGAAAGUCAAUCGCCAGGAUUUCCAGAAUGCUCUUGAAGAGGUGAAACCUGCCUUUGGUGUGUCGAAAGAAGAGUUUGAAGGUUGUAUCAAUGGCGGCAUUAUCCAUUUCUCCCCGGCUAUCGAUAGCAUUCUGGAAGAAGGAAAACUCUUUGUCAACCAGGUCCGAGACCCCGAGUCGACGACCCAGCUAUUCUCGGUAUUACUUCACGGACCCCCAGGAAGCGGUAAAACCGCACUGGCUGCAAAGAUGGCCAUUGACUCAGACUUCCCGUUCGUUAAGCUUAUCAGCCCGGAGGAUAUGGUGGGCUUCAAUGAGAUGGCGAAGGUUCAACAUAUGAGCAAGGUAUUCAACGAUGCGUAUAAGAGUCCUAUCAGUGUUGUGGUAAUGGAUAAUAUCGAGCGAAUUAUCGACUGGGUCCCCGUCGGACUUCGAUUCAGCAACUCGAUCCUCCAGACGGUCAUGGUUUUGCUAAGGAAACAGCCUCCCAAGGGUCGCCGGCUGCUCAUUCUUGCUACCACCGCUGAACGGUCGGUGCUAAAGCAACUGAAUGUGUUCAACUCCUUUGAUUCUGACAUUGCCGUGCCAAAUGUUAACACAUAUGAAGAGCUGGCAUAUAUUCUGAAGGAAACGGGAUCGUUCUCCCCCCAGGAGGUAGAAGUGGCCUUGUCUGGAAUUCGCGAUAUGACGCAGAGCAGCACUAUCGGAGUUGGGAUUAAGAAAGUCCUCCUUGGCAUCGGAACGGCUAUGCAGGAUACGAACAAGGCCAGGCGUUUUGCUUCGGUUAUUGCUCGGGCAAUGGAUGAACGGGAGAUUGUCUAGGAUCUUUCACUUUAGAUUCUAGGUACUAACUAAUCCGAAAUUUAAGCUUCAAGCCCUGUUUGACAACCUUGCAACUUCUGUUUUGUUUUCCUCCACAUUGUUUUAUGUGGGAUGCUGUUUCACUGUUCAAUGUCAUACACUGAGAGGUAAUCUUAACAACUUUUAGUAGUAGUCACUAACUAACCGAUCUCUGACCACGCAA